AUACCGCCAGUUGUCAGCAUUGUCUGCGAGGAGAUACAGGAUCGUGUACAAACCCGUAGAUUGAGUAUUUUGCCGACCCCACUGAAUACACUGCUCUUCAGUGUGGAUGCUUUGGAGGCCGACUUAAUGCGCUCAUCAGAAGUUGAUCUCGUGCUGAAGUUCUUUAAAAAUGACUUACGCCUAGGUGGUGGAAAGGAGUCCAACAUUAGGCGAAGACAGGCCUGCCAAGGCUAUCAGUCUGGCAUUAUUCUAAGAAGCCUAUUUCGUUACUUCGAGAUUUGCGACGGGGGAGUCAAAUUGAAGGUCGAUUUCCCCCUGGCUGGCUUCGCAGUUCUCGGACCACCCUAUACCAAAAAUGGAGACAAUUUAGACAUUAACCGCUAUAUCAGAGCCUGGGAUUCCCUCCUGUCAGUUACAACUGAAAGUGAUCCUAUCCGUCGGGACAUAUUUUGUUACCUGAUGCAAUUUAUUGUUAGCAUCUAUGACUCAGCCAAUGACUCCUAUCGUUCCGACGCCCACGUCUGCGCCAUGACCAGAUUUUCUAUGGCCACAAAGUUUGCUCCCUACAUGCUUAAACUUCAGUGCAGCACCUGUCAGAACGAGAUAGAGGAGGAUAAUGAAGAUUGUGCGGAUUGUGCACCGAAUCUCAAACACAUUCGAGCUGAAAUCAUGGUCGCUUUGAAAACGGUGCCCAGUACGAAGCAAGGCAAGGGAGCUAAGAAGUCCUCAUCCGCCGGUGAAUCAUCAGGCGAUGAUUCUGGUAGUGCCGUUGCUCCACCAGGUGAUGGAACCGCCGUAGAGGCUGAAAAAUCCGAUCAUCAGUCAUCCACGACCGAGGCUGCUGCCACGACCGAAGAUAAGGGCAACCCAUCCGACUUGCUAGUCACUCCUUCAACUCUCGUUACCCAGACAGAGGGAACCACACCAGAACCAACAGUGACAGAGACUACUCUGGUGACAACCACCACGACGACACGGUCAGGAGCUUCCCGUUCCUCUUUGGGUGGGAAGAAGAAGAAGGCUUCUAAAGCCUCGGCUAUUAAGGGUAAGACAUCCAAAUCAGGAGGUAAGGGGAAGGGGAAAAAGAGCGUGAAGAAGGGUGGCGGUGGGAAAAAGGAUUCCAAGAAAGCUUCCGUAGCAAAAAAAGAACGGCAGUCAAAGGGCAAGCAAGCAAGGGACAAAUCAGUGAAGGCGAAGAACCACCCCAACAAGAAAUCUAAAGGAGGCAAGAAGUCUGCAAAGAAGUCAAAACACUGA